AUGUUCACCAUCUUUCUUUCUUUCUUUCUUUCUUUCUUUCUUUCUUUCUUUCUUUCUUCCUUCUUUCAUCCAUCAUGCUUUCCUUCUCCUCUAUUAUGUUAUCCAUACAUGUUUUUCUUUCUUUCUUUCUUUCUUUCUUUUUUCUUUUUCUUCCUUUUUCAUCCAUCAUCUCUCUGCUUACCCCCCACACUCUCUCUCUGUUUACACUCUCUCUCUUACUGUUUAUCCUAUCUCUCUCUCUCUCUGCUUACCUCUAUCUCUCUCUUCUUACUUUUCUCUCUCUCUCUCUGUUUAACCUCUCUCUCUUUGCUUACCUUUCUCUCUUUCACUGCUUACUUCUAUCUCUCUCUGUUUACUUAUAUCUCUCUGUUUAACUACUCUCUCUCUAUCUGCUUACUUCUCUCUCUUUGCACACCUUUCUCUCUCUGCUUACCUCUCUCUUGCUCUACUUAUCCCUCUCUAUCUUUAUCUCUGCUUACCUCUCUCUCUCUCUUCUUACUGCUCUCUUUCUCUCUACUUACCCCCUCUAUGUUUAACUUUUCUCUCUCUGCUUACCUCUCUCUCUUUGCUUACCUUUCUUUCUCUCUGCUUACCUUUCUCUCUCUCUCUCUCUGCUUACCUUUCUUUCUCUCUCUGCUUACCUCUCCUUUGCUCUAUUUACCCCUCUCUAUCUCUCUCUGCUUAUCUCUAUCUCUUCUCUCUUUCUCUUUGCUUAACCUCUCUCUCUGCUUGCCUCUCUCACUUUGCUUACCUUUCUCUCUCUCACUCACUGCAUUUUUCGUCCUUUGGAUUUUGCUAACAUCCUGGCAUUUAUCACAUUUCAUUCGUGGCUCACUUUUCAUUUUCUUCUUCUUUAUCUCUUAUUCUUCCCUCUCUCUGUUUUCCUCCAUUUCUUUUUCAUUUUUCUUCCUGUUUCCUUCUUUUUCUUCACUUCAUUAUUCCUCCUCUUCCUCCUUCUGUCAGACAUUCGAUCUUUUCCCACUCCUCCCUUUUCAUGUUUCAUCCUCUUAUUCUUCUCUCCUUGUUUUCUUCCUCCUCUUCAUUUUCUUCCUCCUUGCUCCUUCAUUCUUCUCUGCGUUUCCCUCUCUUUCCACUUCAUGUUUCAUUCUCUCGAUCUCUUAUUCUCUCGUUGUUUUCCUCCUCCUACCUCUCCUCAUUUUCUUCCUCCUUGCUCCUUCAUUCUUCUCCAUUUCCUUCUUUUCCCCUUCCCUCUCUUCAUUUUUCAUCCCCUUGAUCUCUUAUGCUUCUCUCCUUCGAGUCCCUUCUUUCGUCUCUCCUUUUCUUUCUUUUCCUCCUCUCUACAUUUUUCAUUCUCUUGACCUCUUAUUCUUCGCUCCCCUUUUUUUUUUCUUCUCGGCCUCUUCAUUUUUCUUCUCCUUGAUAUUUUAUUCUUUUCUGUUUUCCUCCUCCUCCUCCAUUUUUCUUCUUCCUUUCUCCUUCAUUCUUCUCUCCCUUUUUUACUCUCCUUUUUCUUUAUUUUCUUCCACCUUUCUCCCUCCUUCUUCUCUUCUUUUCCUUCUUUCUCUCUUUGCCCUGUUUUCAUUUUUCUUCCCCUUGAUCUCUUAUUCCUCUCUCUUUUUUUUCUUCAUCCUUCACUUCAUUUUUCUUCCCCCUUGCUCCUUCAUUCUUCCUUCCAUAUUUCCUCCUUUUUUCUCUUCCCUCUCUUCAUUUUUUCUUCCCCUUGAUCUCUUUCCGUGUUUUCUUCUCCCUCUUCUUUAUUUUUCUUCCUCCUUGCUCCUUCCUUCCCUCCGUUUCAUUCUUUUCCCUCUUCAUUCUCUUCAUUUUUCUUCCCCUUGA